AGCUGGACUCGGAAGCUAUUCGGUCUGAAACAGAGCGAUGUGGUUGCUGUCAGUGUUGGUGCCUCUUGUCAGGCUGUAUUUAUGCGGAAUUAAAGUUCUUCUCUAUCAGAUGUUCAACAGAUCCUUUACGCUACCAGGUACUCAAUAAGUGAAGGCAUCCAAGUGGAUUGCUUACUGAAGGAACCAAUGGAGGGUAAAAGUUCAGGACCUUCAUGCUCUGGCCUCAAUCUUGUCGCACACCCACGGGCAAAAAGCAAAGUCUGGAAAUACUUUGGCUUUGACACAGAUGCAGAUGGCUGCAUAUUGCACUGGAAACGGAUAUACUGUCGCGUAUGUAUGAGUCAAAUUGCGUACUCUGGAAACACCUCCAAUCUGUCGUACCACCUUGAAAAAAACCACCCUGUAGAGUUCAGUGAGUUUGUGAAGAGCAACACAGAUCAGAUGCGCGAGGCGUUUGCCACAGCAUUCUCUAGGAUAAAGACUGAGCCUUCAGGUCUACAUGUUCAGCAACAAUCCCAGGACACAAACUUAAGGCAGAGCUUAGACUAUGAAAACAGACGACACAAUGAUCUGACUGCUGCUGUCAUCAACUUCAUCUGCGAGGGGUUGUACCCUGUAUCUGUAGUUGAAGAGCCUACUUUCAAGACCUUAAUGAGUACCGUCGAUCCUGGAUACUCUCCACCGAGCAAAAGCGACCUGGCAGUUAAAAUGCUUCCUCAGAUGUAUUGCCGUACCCGGGACAUGGUCUUUAGUGAGCUUGCUGGGGUUUUGAACUGUGGCGUUACUACAGACCUUUGGCAAAGCCAAACGCAGAAUAGGACAUACAUUUCACUCUCUAUGCAUUCAGUUAAUUACAACAGUUCAACUGGCUUCUCUGUGACCAACAAGUGCCUUAAAACGUUUGAAGUACAAGAGGACAACACAGCCGAGAACAUCACCAGAGCGAUGUAUGAAGCCUUUGUUGAAUGGGGGAUAACUCAUAAAGUCAGCGGUGCCACCACAAAUGGUUCCGUGGACAUUGUCAAAGCAUGCUCGCUCCUGGAACUAUCAGUGGAAAUGCCUUGCCUUGGAUAUACCAUCAAUCGUGCAAUGGAUGAAGCCUUCCAGCUGCCACGAGUUGACAGCUUUUUGGGAUGCUGCCGCAAACUUGUUGAUCAUUUCAGAGAACCGGCAAUGUAUCUGCUAAAGGAAAAACAGAAGCAGCAUGGCCUCGCUCAGUGUUCACUUGUCACAGACAGGGGUAGGUCUUGGUUGGCCACAUUGGCAAUGUUACAAAGACUGAAAGAGCAACAGGUUGCUGUAACUGCAACGCUUAUAGAGAGUUCCAGUUGCCAUCAUUUCAGCUUUAAUGGCCCUGACUGGGCCUUGUUGGAGGGCUUGAUUGAAGUCCUCCAGCCUUUUAAAGUUGUGGCAAACAUGAUAACUUCUUGCAGGUACCCAACCAUUAGCAUGGUUAGGCCUGUGCUUCAUAUGUUGUUGAAUACCACCCUCAAGGUCAAGGAAGGGGACCUCAAAGAGAUCAGCAUGACCAAAGAGGUCAUCUCAAAGGUCCUAUCAAGCACCUAUUCACAGAAUUCACAACUAUCGCAAGAAAUUUCAACAUUCCUCAACAUUGCUACCUUCCUGGAUCCUCGGUACAAGAAGUUGCCUUUCCUGUCCACUCAGGAACGCUCCAAAGUUGAGAAUAACAUCAUUGAGGAGACAAAAGCAAUCCUUGAGAAGCAGAUUGCGGAGCGGCCUUGUCUAGAUGAUUUCUCCUUGGUAUCUGACGAACCACCUAGCAAAAAGCAGACACCUGUAAGAGAAUCUUCAGCCAGCAGUGCAACCCAAAACAACCCUUUGGCUGCCAUAUUUUGCCAGUCUGAUGCAGACCAGAGCCAGGAGGAGCUGCAUGCACAGGUCGUAGAGGAGCUGAGCAACUACAAAUCACAAAGAGUUUUAGGUCUGGAUGAAGACCCUUUACUGUGGUGGUCAAGUCAUGCACCCUUGUUCCCCACCCUACCCAAGGUACUCCAGAAGUACUGGUGUGUUCCUGCCAUGAGUGUACCUUGUCAUAGGCUGUUCAGCUCCUCUGGGACUGUGCUGUGUGGGAAAAGAAACCGUAUAGCUCCAGCUUUAGUAGAUCAACAGAUCUUCUUGUAUGAGAAUUCGCGAAACUACUAUGAGCCUGAACCCUGUGAGGAUGAUUUGGACAAUGUUUGGGAAGGAAACUGUAGUCUGGGUCAGCCACUUGAAUGACUGCUUAAAAUUGCAAAAAGUUAAAGAAUUUUGAUGACAUUAUUCCCUGCAUACUGUGGGCCUACAUACCAGACCUGCUGAAGCAUUACAAAUAUAAUUAAGGUGUAUCAGUCAGUAGUAGUAAAAUGUAAUGGACCUGUUAUAAUAAACUAUCUUUGAAUUUUGGCCUAUAAUCUGUAUGAAAAGAGUUUGGCCUAUAUUAUCUUGCCGAGUCAUUUAAAAAAAAAAAAAAUGUAAUAUUUUUGGGGAAAACACUUAUUUGCAUUCUUUCUGAGAGUGGGAUAAGAAGAUUGUUGUCAAUCUCAUGUCUGCGGUAAGUAUAGAGCUAAAGCCAGGACAUGAGGACAUGUUUAGCCUAGCUAGCACAAAGACUGCAAGCAGGAGAAACGGCCUAGCCUAAAUCGAUCCUAAGUUGAAAAACACACCUACCAACACCUCCAAAGCCCACUAGUUAACUACCUUUUGUUUAAUCUGUAAACAGAAAUGUAAAACCAACUGUUUAGCGGUUGUUGCUCAAAAAAUGGCUCCACCACGUCACUCUCCUUAAAACAUUGCUGUUUUUAGCCAUGCUAGCGGUGUGGCUCUAGAUCCAAACUGAAUAUCUCAAGUAUUGGAUGGAUUGCCAUAACAUUUUCUACAGACAUAUGGUGCCCAUAUUUAUUUUAUUAGAUUAUACGUGCCAACAUCUGCAUUUUAGCAUUGUCAUUGUGAGUGUGUUAGUAUGCUAAUGUUAGCAUUUCGCUCAAAUGACUGCUAUGCAAAAAUACAGCCUCACCAAGGUAGAAAGGCUGUAGAGUCUUAGUCUUAUUACAUUUCUGUUCAUGUAUGAGUUAACAAAAUAAGACACAUUGUGUUAAUUAUUAAGCUUUAGAGGUGCUGUUAGACUUUUUUUUACUUUGUGCAGAGCCAGGCUAGCUGUUUCCUCUGCUUCCAGUCAUAAUGCUGCUAUAGUUGACAUCAAAUCUGUCAAAAUCUGUGCAGAAAAUGUAGUUCAUUGAAAUAAACAUAACAGCAAAACCAGCCAUAAUAUCAUCAUAUUGGAUCUAACACAUUUGUAAUCAAAAACUAAAAGAAUUCUAGUGAUUACAGAAUAGUAAUCAGGGUUCCAGGGUGCACAAGCGACCAAAAAAUCUGUUAAGUGCGACUAAACAUUUUCUUUGGUCCGCCGGUGCACCUGAAAUUUAGCAGGUCUGAUUUAAAAAUAAAUAAAUAAAAGAUACAAAUAUUUUUUAACAAACACCAAAUGGGUGUGCAGACAUUUGCCUUUGAGCAAAUAUUAUAAACAUAUUUUCUGUAGAUUAUUUUGUCAGCAUAUAGCAGGAUCUAAUGUACAUCUUGCACAUGUGUCAGGCAUGUCUCUGUGUGUGUGUGUGUGUGUGUGUGUGUGUGUGUGUGUGUGUGUGUGUGUGUGUGUGUGGUGUGGGAAGACCUGUACUCUUCCCAUAUUCCUUGCGUGCGAACGAUAGAAAUUGUGAGCGACAUCACAACCUUAAAACAUAAUUCAAAAUGAAGAGAACUAUUGAUCCUAAUCCCGACCCAAUAUGUUCGUUGGAGAUGGCCUCAUCUGACUCCCAGCCAGAACCAGAGCCUACCACAUACAAAAAGUCCAAAACAUAUGCCAUUAGCAAAGAAUGGCUUGUCUAAUUUCCGUGGCUCAAAUAUGAUAACAUGGCCAACAUUAAGCAAGCAUUGCAUUUAUUGUAAAGAGUGCGGCCAAAGCAUGGCUGGGAACAGUGUUUUUGCUGUCGGAGCAUCGAAUUCUGAAUUGAAACAUAAAAAAAUCACAGUGUCUCCAAGAAAGCAUUUCAGCGCCAGACAGUGGCAAACCGAAGCAGUGAAGAGUCAGAAAUGAUAAUAAAAUUUAACGCUGCUUAUAAUAUAGCCGAAGAAGAGCUACCUUUUACUAAAUUUAAUUCCCAAAUCAUCCUUAUGAAAAAGAAUGGGUUAAAUGUAAACCUGACCUACAGCAGCAACGCUGUCUGUGUCCACUUCCUUGAGGUGGUCGCCAACACACACAAAAAAAAGACUGUUCAAAUCGCGGAUUUGACGUACAUAUGAUUAAUGGUUGAUGGAGAUACAGACAAACUGACAAAAAAGGUAAUGCUUAAAAUGUAUUAUUGGGUGCACCUAAAUUAUGUGCUGGUGCACCUUAAUGAAAAGGUUACCAAUGUAAAAAGUUAGUCUGGAGCCCUGGUUAGCACUGUGUGUUGUCUCUCAGUAUCUAUGCCUCCUUCAGACAUCUACUCGUUAUGUUGUAAGCUCUGUUGUGUCUUUUUGGCCUUUCUGUUGCACUUUUCUUUUCAGGCUCUAUGAUUAAACUUUUUUAAUUUGUUUGGGAUGUACUUGUAAAUACUUAUAAAUAAUAAGUAUGUACUUGUAAAUACAGUGGACAAGUUUUAAAAAUGGCACAUAUAAAUUAUGAUAUGAAAGAACUCUGUGAAAGUAAAGAUCUUGUUUUCAACA